GUCCUGACAGGCCUCGCUCCAGACUCCGCCCGGGAGGCCGCCGGCCGGGGGCACCAUGUCCUCCCCAGCCCGGGCAAGAGGCGGAUGGACACCGACGUGGUCAAGCUUAUUGAGAGCAAACACGAAGUCACAAUCCUAGGAGGACUCAACGAAUUUGUAGUGAAGUUUUAUGGACCACAAGGAACACCAUACGAAGGGGGCGUGUGGAAAGUUCGUGUGGACCUUCCUGACAAAUAUCCUUUCAAAUCCCCAUCUAUAGGAUUCAUGAAUAAAAUUUUUCAUCCCAACAUUGACGAAGCGUCAGGAACCGUAUGUCUAGAUGUAAUUAAUCAGACUUGGACAGCUCUCUAUGAUCUUACCAAUAUAUUUGAGUCCUUCCUGCCCCAGUUGUUGGCCUACCCCAACCCCAUAGACCCCCUUAAUGGUGACGCCGCAGCCAUGUACCUUCACCGACCAGAAGAAUACAAGCAGAAAAUUAAAGAAUACAUUCAGAAAUAUGCAACGGAGGAAGCCCUCAAAGAGCAGGAAGAAGGGACCGGCGACAGCUCUUCGGAGAGCUCCAUGUCUGACUUUUCAGAGGACGAGGCCCAGGAUAUGGAAUUGUAGUAGGAGCGGCCGUCCUGCUUUCCCCCCAAGAGACUCGACUUCUUCCUAACCAUGCGCUGAGAAGCAGACUUAUAACAUUCAUAUUUAAACAAAGCAAUUUUUUAUUACUAAACAAGGUUUUUAUGAAUAAUAGCAUUCAGAUAUAUAUACAUAUAUAUAUAUCACCCUUUAGAUCUUGAUUUUUUUUUUUUUUUUGGGUCAUUUCUCAAGAGCCCCUCCCUCCCCCCCCCUCUCUUUCUCUCUCAAAAAGAAAAAAAAAUGCAUUGCGGUGCGUUUCCGACAUUCCACUUGGUAGCAAUAUGAACCCGGGCGCAUGCUUGCAUCUCUUCGUGAUUCCAUUUCAGCUGAGUUCGAACCUGCCCCCCACCCCACUUUUCUUCCUUCCACCCCCACCCCCAAUCUGUUGCUUCGCUCUGAGAGAAUCUGGAUAAUGCCUCUCCCCCCCCCACCUCUUUUUUUUUUUUUUUAAAAUCGCCCUCCUUUUUUCCUUUAUUUUUUUUUUAAGUCGAGCGUUCCAAAGACAGCGAAACACACCCUUGGAUGCAAACGCGGAACAGCACUUUGAGAAUGUAUAAAGUAGAAGGUUUUUGGGUUUUUUUUUUGUUGUGCGGAGGGGGGAGAGGGAGGAAGUGGGGGGCGCGUGUGCGAUUUAAUCGAUGGAAAAAAUGUAAGGCCGUGAAGUCAACGGUGUUCCUUCCCUUUUUUUUCCAACCUGGCUGCUUAUUAGAAAACCCUUUUUCGAUGGAAAUUCACCUUAUUUUUUUUCCCAUUCUUUUUUUUUUUUGUCUUUCAAAAACCAAACCAAAACCAAACCCCAACAAGAGCCACCAACUGAAUGCAUGGAGUUUCUUGACGUGUCCGAUUUUUUUUUUUUUUAUGAAGCAGCUGUGAUACUGAGUAUAGUAUGCUUUUUUUUUAAAAAAAAAAAAUUCCCCCUUAACGGACUUCCUGUCUGCUUAGACUGGUGAUGGAGGUGAUGAUGGUAAUGGUCUUUUUUUUUUAUUUGUUUUUUGGCCAGGGAGGGGAGUGUGGGGGUGAAACAUUGGAAGGCCAGUGUGCAGAGUCAAAUGUCCUUGUUCCUCUGGAGUCUCGGUCUUCUCUUUUUCGAGGGUCGAGGAAGCGAGCCAAUCCUGUCUAAGGGUGGUGAGGUGGUUUCUUUAACUCGAAGUACCUUGAACUUAAUCCAUUCUGGUCCUCGUCUUCAAAACCACCAGCAGUAGGGAUUCUACACACAUACACUCACUCACUCCACUCACUCUCGUUCUCUUGACACUUCUGCAAACAGCUUCCAGGUGAACAUCUCGAAGAGCUUUGUGCUCCAGGUGGGUGCUCUGGCGCUUAGUUGGAAAUGCUGUCCUCACCACCUUGCUUUUCCUUUGCUGUUUGCUUCGCCGUGCCCGCAUGAGCUGGCCAGAUGUUCUGAGAAAGUCCCACCAUGUUUGUCGCGAUGCAGUGCUCCUUUUGAAGAAGAGGGGGUGGUGGAUACUAUCGAAGAUGGUGUCCGAGGGGCUCCAAAUUUCCUCUUUCCAUGACGGAUUGACUUCCCGGUGGCUCCGUACCGCCCUUCCCCUUCAACGGAGGGAAGAGCCUUAGACCAGAAAUGAUGAUGGUUGUCUAUGGUUGAUAGCAAGAAUGUCCCCUUGUGAUGGAAGUUGCUUCCUCUGGAUUUCUAGAGAUUUGGGGUGGGGGGGACAGGAUGUUGAAUAGACGGCCGAGGGGGGGUUGGUGCAUCUUCUAGUAUCGUCAUCAGAACUUGGAUGAAGUAUGUGUGUGUGUGUGUGUUUUGCGGAGGGACGGCUGACGGAUCGAGUCCAAUCUUCAACCGUGAUCCCUUCGCUUCCUUCCUUCCUUCCUUGCGUGGAAAGAUCUGUAAAGUAGGUUUUGAAUCGGCACGGUGAUUUUCAUUCGAAUGAAGCAAAAAUCGCAUCAUGGGCAUACAUAGAGCGAGAACAAAACCAACAACCUGCAAAAAUUAUUCAUAGUCACUGGUUUUUUUUUUCCUUCCUUGAAAAUGUUGUGUGUUUGUAGGGGGGAAAGUAGUGAAAUUGGAUUGCGGUGAGCAGCUGAACUGAUGCUGCAAUAGGAGACCUUGGCUUUUGUCACUCUGGAUCUUGAUGGAAGAUAAGAAGGAUCUUUUAAAUCCGCGUUUUCUCGAUUUGGGGCCUGCUUUUUAAGAUGGGUGGGACUUCAACUCCCAGAAUCCCUCAACCCUGGGGAAUUCUGGGAGUUGAAGUCCCGCCCAUCUUAAAAAGCAGGCCCCAAAUCGAGAAAACGCGGAUUUGAUUCCCUGUCCCUUAACCUGGUGCCCUCCUGCAAUUGCCACCCCAUCCCCAUCCUCCCCAGCCGGCGGGGAGGAGUGCACGAUGGGCUUGGUCUGCCUUAAAUGUGCUGCUAAUUGGUUGACCUGUGCAAUGAUCUCUACAUUUUGAGUGCCAAGCUAUCGUAUCAUGAUAGGACUACCACUUUUUGAGCAAAAUAAACCAUUUGUCUCCCCCGAGAUUGUACAUAUAUAGAGAUAGAUAUAUUAAUACGCUAGUGUUCUAAUUUCCCUUUACGAAGGCAAACCUUUUCUCUUUUUUUUCGAAACAAUAAAGUCUGAUAUUUUGAGAUUUUUGACCGCUCAUAAAUAAAUAUCCCCCCGCCUUUUUUUUUUUUUUAACCCCCUACCUCCAGCCAAGCAAAACCACAAUUCUGGUUUUAAUUAAGGAGCGAAAACUAACUAAACUUCCGACAGAAAGAUAACCCAUGUCGGCACCAAAUUCGCCCGCCCCCUCCCCUCGCCCCCAAAUGAGUCCUGCCAACUCUUUUGAUUCGCGAAGGUCCUUUUGGGGGCAUCUCUUCUCUGGAACAUUCAUGGCUGAGAGGAAAGUUGAAGGUGAUCCUUCUUCUUUCUGAAAUUUAGUUCUUUAACGUAGGUAUCACACACAUGCACACACGUACCCACCCCGUUGCAAACCUUUUCUGACGUCCCUUGGACGUAGGCGUUGAGUUGACCUAGCGAUUACAGUUGGCCAAACGUUGGCGAGAACAAGCUUCAAGGAGACAUUUGGUGAGGAAACAUCUCGGAAGCUUUGGCUUAAAAUGGAGCAGGUUUCAGCUUCCCAUCCUUGAUCUUGAGACAAGUUGGUACCUUCUCCAUUUCUUUCUUUCUUCCUUCCUCUGGGUGGUUUAAUCUCCACCAACGGUCUUCAUUUCAUGACACCGUCAUCCAAACCGCCAACCGUAGGUAGGGGGAGCUGACGUCCCUCUUCAAACGGCCUUCUUGAGAUGACAAUCCAGAGUGGACGGUUGGCUGAGCAAAUCCCUCGGGAACGUCUCGCCGUCCGUCUGGGAUGCUUCCCGCAUCCUUUUCGAAUUGCAAACGACCUGUCUUCGGGAGGGGUGGGGGGGGGAGAUGACUAUUUUCUGGAGGCCACCAAACUUUUCAUCCAUCUCUUCACCUUCUUCCCCGAUUUAUCUGUCGAGCAACCUUCUCAAGCCGCCCUUGAGGUAUCUUAAAAGCGAGUAAAAAAAAAAACCUGCGGCGUCAUAGGUCACACUGACCAGAUGACCAUGAGUCUUGUCCCCUUGAAUUCAAGUUGGAGAUUAUGUAUUUUUGUGGUUCGGAGCAGAGUUGGAGACCCCUGCUCCUGAGAACUUCAUUGAAGUUCUCCUGGAUGGUUUGAGAACUUCAGUGAAGUUCUCCUGGAUUGAUUGGUUGGUUGGUUGGUGUCUUUCGGAGCGAGGUGUGGAGACUUGGGACAAGUCGGACGGAAAAUAUUUCGGUUUUGGAUAUCCUGCAGCUCAGUUUUGGGGACGAAGGGUUGGUCGCCGCAUCGUGCGCCAUUCCAGUUUGAGAUCUGGGGCGCGUCACCUUCUUGCGUGUAGGGUGGGUGCCCCCUUAAAAAUUGCCAGGUGUUUUUUUUUUGUUUGUUUUUAAACUUUUUGCUUCAUUUCCCGGAGUGUAUUUGGUACAUUGUGUGAAUACUUAAAAGAGGUCAAAGGGGAUGCCCACCCCUUCCCUUGGCUGCCCCAAUUCUCCUCUGCCCCCCCUCCCCUUCUUGGCAUUGCGAUGAUGCGGCUGGCGGCGGGAUUGAGGGUGGUGAGUGGGCAGAAACCCCCCCCCCCCCGUGGCGAAUGCCUCUUCUAAGGAUUAUAACCUCUCAGAAUAGUUGUGUAUAAUUAAAGAAACUGUAAACUUUUUAAAAAAUAAAAUAUGUAUAUACCUUG